AUGGGCCGAAUGACCUCUGUCAAGGUGACUCUGACACUCGAGUGCCCAAACAACUCAGCACUGCACAAGACUCACACCACCGCCCACUCACACGCAGACCACCACCACUCCAACUACAAGACGAGUGUGAGUGUGAGUCCAUGCUCCUUCACUGCCACGCUGCAGGAAAGUUUGAAAGGGGAGGAACCGAUAGAGGACGAGGAAAAGCAGAGGAAGCGCACACGCAAGCAAAAGGCCGGGGGAGAACAAGCCAAUGACGAGAACAGAGGUUACAGAGAAAAAAGAAAAAGAAGCCCCCUCACUCCUCUCCCUCUCCUCUUCCUCUCAGACUGGCUCCACGCAGUGCAGGCUCUGAUGGUUGUAUCAGUUUUGUUCUCUGCUAUCUCAUUCCUCCUCUUCCUGUAUCAACUCUACUCGCUGCGCAGAGGGGGCCUCUUCUACAUCACGGGACUCUUCCAGAUAUUCUCAGGGUUGACAGUGUUCUCUGCCUCUCUCAUCUACUCUCUCCACGCUCCUGAGAUUCUGAGCGACUCGUCGCUGCCCCCCGCUGGUCACUUCGGGUACUGCUUCGUUGUGGCAUGGCUGUGCGUCCCGGCCCUGCUGAUCAGCGGAGUGCUCUACAUCCACCUGAGAAAGAAAGAGUGAAACAGAGCGGAACAGAGGAGUGAAGACCCCCGUCCUCUAUCCUCUCCUCCCUCACCCCUUUACCCACUCCCUCUCCCUCUCCCUUUCUCUCUUCUCUACAUGCUUAACAAUUUGCAAAUCAUUUUGCUUGACUCCAUCUGAAGAAACAAAAUAGUCUGCUAAUGAAUAUAAACCGAUCCUUGUAAUUACUGUUAAUUACAGGACUAAUGUUACUAUAACGGGCAAAGAAAGAUGGAGAGAAGGAGAGGUAGAAGGGAAGGGUAUGUGGUAGAGUAAGACAUUGUGUGUCUAUUUGUAGCUCAUGUACUCAACACUACUCACUUAGAAGGUUAUAAUGAAACUGGCUCCCUAUGGAUGCCAUGACGGCUCUACAGUUCCAUGCUUCUCUAUAGCAGCCGAACUGCAUGCUGGAGCCAAGAUGCCACCAGUCUCCUUAAAGCUGUUUGAAUAUUUGUGGCUGUCUUAUCUUAUAUUCUCAGAUUCUAUGUUUUGCAUCUAAAUGGUAUUUUAUGUUUUGUUUUUUGCUAAGAUGCUUUUUGUACACUUUUCUGUAAUAAUUUUAUUAUAUAA